AUGCAGAUGUUGCCUCUGUGCAGUAACAGAGCCUAAGACCAGAAGGGACCAUGUCUUAGUCUGACACUGUGAGGUAGGACUCACCAGGUCAAGUCCUGGUUGAAGCUUUAAAAGUUACAGUUCAGCUGGGCUCUCUUGCUAAGGGGAAAAAAUUCCGAUAUUGUUUUCUAAAAAAACCCAGUAAUGCUGAUUUUAAUGUAAAUCUUGAUAAGCUGUUUCAAGUUUUUUUUUUCAUUACAGAAACGUGCUUUAUUUAGAAUUUGUUUCCCAUCACCUUCUGCCAGAUCUUAUCUCUCUGUCUGCUAAAUUGAACAUCCUGGUAUUACCAGCUUUUUCUUCCUGUUUCAGUGCUCAUAAGGUAUGAUCACCUCGCACCUUAACCUUCUCUUUAGAAAGCUAAACAGACUGAGCACUUUGGGUCUCACUAUAAAACAUGUUUGACAGUCCUGUAAUCAUUCUUACUACUCUUCUUUGAAACCCCUCUAGUUUUUCAACAUCCUUCUUGAAAUGUUGGCUGGACAAAUUAUUUCCAAAGCAGUCACAACAGAGUCAAAAACAGAGGUAAAAGAACCUCCUGGCUCUUGUUUGUUUCCCAGGACAGCAGUAGCCCUUUGGUCACAGCACUGCAGAAGGAGCUCACGUUCAGCUGAUUAUUCAUCUUAAUGAAGUCUUUACGGAAUUGCAGCUUUGCAGGAUAGAGUUACAUCCUUUCAGUGUGACCUACAUUCUUUGUUCGUAGAUGUGAGACUUUACAUUUGGCUUGACUGAAAUACAUACGAUUUGAUUAUGCCUAAACUUAACACGGGGUUAUGCAGCUGUAAGCGUCCUUUACCUCUUGCCCCAUGCUUUGUGUUUUCUACAAAGCUUGCUAAUAAUGAUUUCAGAAUUUUUGCAGGCUGCUAGUAAAAAUAUUGAAUAGUGUAGGGUCCAUAAGCUGUCUCUGUGGGAUGCUACUAGACAAAGACCAAUUUAUUAAUAAAUCUGUCUUUACAAUAACAAUGUAAGAUGGAGAAGUCAUUUAGCUUUUAAUAAAUUUAAUGUUUCAGACACUGCCAAAGUCUAUUACAAAAGAACAAAGUUUAAUGUCAUAUAAAUAUUAAGUUAAUAUAAAACUGCAUUCACACCAAGUUUCCAUAAUCUCAUGUUAAGCAAAAUUUGUGAUAUUACCCCCCUUUCAACUGGCUACUUAAGCCUUGCACCAGAUGUGCUGCUAUUUCACCUAAGCUCAAAUUUAGGUUGACAUUUGUAAUUACUUGGGCCAUCUGAUUCACUCAUCAUAAAUGCUGAUAAAACAUUUGCUGCCUCCUGGAACUUCCCUAACUUGCAGGGUGUAUUGAAACUUGGUGUAUAUGGACCAGACAGUUCCUCGGCCACAGUUUCAAACCUCUCAAAUACAAGGCUUCCAGUGCUGGUGAUUUAGUCGUAUGCAUACUUGAGUGCUUGAGAUUACACUGACAAGAUGACCUUUGGGAAGAGGAUGCAAGUACUAUCUAAAGGCCUGUAUGCUAUGGUAACCUCAUUAUAUGUUGCAAUUUAUUUUCCUACUCCGCUGUACAGAAGAUGUAGGCUGUAGCUGGGUAAGUGAUACCUGUUCAAAGCAUUCUUGGCACAUGAUGAACUUCUUAUAAUUUUUCUAUGUUUUAAUUUUGAGGAAGAAAUUUCCCUGAGUGUUCUGGGCUUCUGUAGAGUGGAAAAUACUACAAGAAUAACACAACACUAGACUCGUAUUUUCCUGCUCUGCUGUCUGUGUAGGGCUCCUUUGCCAUUUUGGACCAGGAUCCUUCUGUGCUGUCAGUACUCUAGGCUCCUGUGGAUGGCAACAAUGACUCAGUUAUUAUGAACUGUUCCUUCGUGGUGGUGUGCUUGCAUAUAUGUACACACACGUGUGUAGUCCGAGCCCUUUCCAGCCCCUGCUCUGUGGAACCCUGGAAGGCGGAAUGGACCGCAUCGAAGGGUCCACAUGAAAAAUCAGCCUUAAAUCCAUUGUAGCAGGGCCCACUAUUUGACAUGGGCCAGGAAUUUGGCAGUGUUGAAAACUGCUGUGCAGCGCCAGAUGACCUCUGCUGUCACUUCGUGGGUGACAGGUGCCCCUGACCCUGCUCAAGGAUAAUUAAUGAGCACUAAUCACCUUGCUGUUCACCUUCCUUCACUGGGGGUGUGCACAUGCACUGCCUAGCAGGGGCUCCUUCAGGCAGUGCAGCAGAUGCUGUGGUUAUCUGGCAUCACUGUCUCCACUGUUAACUAUUCAGGUUAUUAAUGAAUACGUGGAUCAGGUGACAUUAUCAAUCCCAGCUUAGAUCGGCAAUUACCCAUCCCAGUGUGGAUUAGUGAUUACCCAUCCCAGUUUCGAUUGGCGAUUACCGAUCCUGCUGCGGAUCAGUCAUUACCAAUUCCAGUUUGGAUCGGCGAUUACCAAUCCCAGUCUGGCUCAGCCAUCCCCGACCCCGGGGCGCGCGGAGCGGUUGCGCAGGGGGAGCUCCAUCGGCUGCCGUUAAUGGCUUCACUCGCCACCGAGGGUGGUCCCGGCGGCGGGGGGCGCGCCGGGCCGCGGCUGCCGCCCCAUGUGACCGGGGAGCGGCUGCCCCGUCCAUGGCCGGGCCUGCCCCGGGCGGCAGCGGCUCCCGGGGAGGAGGGGCGGGAGCUGCUGCUCCAUGGGGAGGAAGGGCAGCCCCGGAUCCCCCCGGGCGCAGGGGGGACCCCGGGCCGGCUCCGCCCCCCUCCCCACCGCUGUGGGCGCUGCCCGAGGAGCUGCUGCUCCUCAUCUGCUCCUACCUGGACGCGCAGGCCCUGGGCCGCCUGGGCCAGGUCUGCCGCCGCCUGCGCUUCCUCACCAGCCGCGAUCUCCUCUGGAGGCGUAUAGCCCGCGCCUGCCUCAACUCCGGCUUCACCCACCUCGGCACCGACCUAGCAGUUGGCAUUCCAGUGAAGGAAAGGGUAAAAGUAUCUCAGAACUGGAGGCACGGUCGCUGCCGGAGAGAGACAGUCCUGAAAUGGAAAUGCAAUUUGAUGCCCUGGAUGGAGCUGGAUGGCGAAUAUCUCUACCUGUCUCAAGCAGAGAACAUCCAGGCAUACCGGCUCAGUCCAGACUGUGGGGGUUUGCAGCGUCGCCCUCAAGCUAUCUUCUCUGGCCACCAGGAGGACAUAUGUCGCUUUGUUCUUGUCAACUCCCACAUGGUCAGUGGAGGGGGAGAUGGUAACAUUGUCCUCCACAAGAUCCAUGGCUCCUACAGUGUCAAGUUUUCUGCACAUGAACAGGAGGUGAACUGUGUGGACUUCCAGGGUGGCCUCAUUGUCAGUGGCUCCCGGGACAGAACAGCGAAGGUUUGGUCCCUGUCUGCGGGCAGAGUUGGGCAGUGUCUACAUACAGUACAGACAGAGGAUCGAGUGUGGUCCAUUGCUAUGAGCCCGUUAUUAAGCUCAUUUGUGACGGGGACAGCCUGCUGUGGGCACACCUCACCUCUGAGAAUCUGGGACCUUGAAAGCGGUCAGCUGGUGACCUGUUUAGGGACUGACUUCCACCAUGGAGCUGGAGUCCUUGAUGUCUUUUACGAAACGCCCUCCCUUCUCCUCUCAUGUGGGUAUGACACCUACAUCCGCUACUGGGACAUACGGACAAGCACGAGGAAGUGCAUCCAGGAGUGGGAAGAGCCCCAUGACAGCGCCCUGUACUGCAUAAGGAGUGACAAGAACCAUAUGAUUGCCAGCGGCUCCUCCUACUAUGGCGUGGUGCGCCUCUGGGAUAAGCGGCAGACUCGGUGCCUGCAGAGCUUUCACCUCUCUUCGCCCACCAGCAGCCCAGUGUACUGCCUCCGUUUCAGUACCACCCACCUGUACGCUGCCCUGGCAUCAGCCCUGCACGUCCUAGACUUCACAGCCCCGUGAACGGCACCACCGCUGCUUCUGGUCACCCCAGCUCAGCAGAGCUGACGCUUGGCUCAGGGAAUUGCAGGGCAGGAUUGGUGAGAAUGGCCCCUGACGCUCCUGAAGGGAUUUUUUUGCCUACCAGAAAGUUACAUUGAAGAGUGCGCAAAGGGCCAGGCUUUUGCAACCUCACCUGCCUGUUAGCGGAAAUAAAGGCCGAUUGUCCUUUACCCUUUUUGUUUUGAGUAAGUCAGGGUUGGUUUUAUUAACUUUGUUCUUAUUUUGCCUUUUUUUUUUUUUUUUUUUUUUUCCCCUGUGGAUGCAGUUUGAGGGGCAAGUUGAACUGGGAUGCCCAGUAAGGUCCAUAUGCUGGUCAGGUUGAGAUCAGCCAGGCUCUGAGCCAUGUGAUGCAAGUCUAGGCUGCGUGUGGGGUGGACCGAUCCGGUGGAAGGGAAAGGUGCCUGGAGCAGGACCCACCUUUCAUCUGUGCUUGCUCUCCUGACAGCUGCUUGUGUUGUCCUUUGCAGCCAAGAGCACGAAUUGAGCUAAAAGGCAGAGCCAGCCCUGCUUUCAGUGUGUGCCUCCCCAAGCUGGCUGUCAGGUCAGGCUGUGCACUUGGCAGGGCUGAAAUGGUCGCAUUUUGCUAAAUAAAACUCUGAAGGGAAACAAAAGAGGCUCUUAUGU